CCAUAAGUCUGUGCAACAGUGUGCAACGCUUCGUUCUUCGCCAGACGCCCCGACAAGGAGGAGGGAGACAGGGACGGAGAAGGGAAGAUACAUAAAGAGGCACGGAGGAAUUGGGGCUAGACUGAGAGAGGCUUGGGAAACGAGGCAGCUUCAGUCACAGCAUAGACAGAGGUAGCUUCGGAGUGAGAGUUCAUUCACUCUCUUUCUCACACACACACACACACACACACACACACACACACACACACUUACAGACCCUGGAGCGGAAUAUGCAAGACUGUGUGGGUGCGAGGAAGCGGCAUGAGAAGUGAUAGCUGGUCAUGCACACAUGCAGCAGGCUAAUGGACUAACUUAAUUACAGCACGCACUGAGAAGCACACCUUGAUUGCACACACACACACACACGCACACACACACACACAGAGGACACGCUCUCAGUGACCAGCUGUCAAUAUGGGUCUGGUGAUGGGGACUUUCUCCAUGCAGUCCAAGCCGGUCAGCUACCACAAAGAAAACAACGGGACUCUAGGAAGCUUCACCUGGGGUGCCCGGUAUCCAGACAAAGCUGACGAUGACCUGGAGAUGACCAUGGUGUGCCAUCGACCGGAGGGCCUCGAUCAGCUGGAGGCUCAGACCAACUUUAGUAAACGGGAACUCCAAGUGCUCUACCGGGGCUUUAAGAAUGAGUGUCCAAGUGGAAUCGUCAAUGAGGAAACCUUCAAGCAAAUAUACUCCCAGUUCUUUCCGCAUGGAGACGCCAGCAGCUAUGCACACUACCUGUUUAACGCAUUUGACUCGGCGCAGACAGGAUCCAUAAAGUUUGAGGACUUCGUGACCGCUCUGUCCAUCCUGCUGAGGGGCUCCAUCAGGGAGAAGCUCCAGUGGACCUUCAACCUCUACGACAUCAACCGAGACGGAUACAUCAAUAAAGAGGAGAUGACAGAUAUUGUCAGAGCCAUUUAUGACAUGAUGGGGAAGUACACUUACCCCGCCUUGAAAACAGACGCACACAAACAGCACGUGGAUGCCUUCUUUCAGAAAAUGGACAAAAACAGAGACGGCGUGGUCACGCUGGAUGAAUUCAUCUUUUCUUGUCAAGAGGAUGAAAACAUCAUGAGGUCUCUUCAGCUCUUUGAAAAUGUCAUCUAGUCCACACAAGAGAGAGGAAAUGACUACAAACUCACUUUGAAAAGAAGAAGCGACUCGCCGCCGCUAAACUAUUUGGAAGGUGUUUUGCUAAACCACGACGACCAAAUCCGGCUGUGUCCUGCCUCUCUGUGACUUUCCUUGUAUGUCUGGUGUGUAAAUAUUCACUUUUGGUUGACUUUCCACCACUUGAAGUGGCUUACAUCAAUAACCGUGCUCAGUGUGAAUCUCUUUGUUAGGCCGACAAACAUGAGCAAUAUUCUGUAACGCAUGCAAGAAGGGAGGAUCUGUGUGUCAAACGUGUGUGCCAUAAAAAGAAGCAGCAAUAUACCGAGGGGUUAAAGGUCACCCGAUUUCAGCUGCAGAGCCAUCUUGUGACAGAAUCCCUCCAAAGUUGUCCAGAUUUGUUCCACUGGUGUCAAUGUUGUAAGAACUGUUAGGUAUUUAAAGAACCGUAUUUGUUGCUUCUAUUUCCAGCAGGCGUCAUGGCUGCUUGUCUGUCUUUGUAAUUCAGUGUACUUGGAAUUAUUCUACCUGGCAUUUACAUUGGAGAGAAGGUUUUGCAGAGCAAUGUCGUGCAUGUGUGUCCUAUAAUGUGAAUGUUCUCUUUGCCUGACUAUAAAAAAAAGGCGACGUUUGUUGUUCUCGCGUUGAAGGAACAUGUCACGUCGUUUGACCUAAACUCUCACUGUGAGGGAGCGACAGCCGUGCGGGAGGAUGUGUGAAUUUUUUUGAGGGGAGAAAAAGCUGAUUUUGAAGCCAUGUCGUUGAAUAGAAGUCCGAGGGUUUUCUUCCUCCUGCUCCCAAGCCCAGAGGACGGCCUCGAGGCUGUGUGGUUUCAAAUGAACAAGUCAAUGGCCGACAAUGACCCACUUUUCUUUUGUAAACGCAGCCAUUACCUGCCAGGCUGGUGGUUCACAGAUGAUGAGUGAUUCUCUGAAUAUGUUAGGAUAUCAGUUCAAAACUAAUCCAGCCUCUUGCUGUCCUUUGGGCAUGAAAAGUAGAAAAGCCAAAUGGCUGGGCUGUGGGACUUCUUCUGGUGUCAAGUCAUUGUUUAGAAGAGAGGAGAAUAUAGAAGGGUUGGGGCCUCCCCUGCCCCCCCAAACAAGUCUUUUCUGGGGCUUGUUUUGUGUUUUCAACUCACUAUAGGAACUAAAAAUCUAUUUUUCCCUUAGGGGUUUUAGGAAUGUAAUGUUUUUUUCUUUAUUUUGCUCACUUCCCCUGAGAUCUUCUGAGCCCGCCUCAUACUCUGAAAAGCCCUGGUGAUGAAGACUAGACAUUCUUCUCCUGCUGUAACAGUGUACAGUGUUCCAUCGCUCCAUCGCUCCAUCGCGGGUCACUUCCCACCAGUGGCGAGCCAGACAUUCUUCAUUGGGGUGGCCAAGGUGAGACCAGUACUCACACAGGGGUGCCAAGAAAUUGACACCUGAAUUGUCUAGAUGGCCAGUGGGGGGCUGGAGAGCGACCAAAGUAAUCAUGGAAAACUUACCUACUGCUUGCAGUUCAUGCAAGACGCGCUUUUAUUGACAGCUCCUCCACACGGGAAGUAGGCUGAACUAAUAUUCUGCACCACAGAGCCACGUUUGUCAAAAUUGUCCCUCAGCUGUGGGGGUGGCCGGAGAGUGACCAAGGGCCAUUCCUGGCCACCACUGCCUUUCACGGACUGGCUGGUUUGCAAAUUUUUUAAUACAAUUUUAGUGCUUUUUUUUUUUUUUUUUUACAGCAUAUGAACGCUGUUACAGGCCAAGCCUGGCCCUUUAAGAAUUGCAUUGUGGGAAGUUGAGUGUUGUAGUUCUGUGCCUGAGCACAGGUAGCUGUGUCUCUCUCUAUUCUCUCUCUUCUGUCUGCCACGCCCAUUGUCUUCUGCGUCCUGAUUGGCUGCAGACCACUGUCAAUCAAUCUUCUUGUGCCGUCACCUGUUGUGGUUAUGGCUUCCAAACUAGCUAACCGUGUGAGACCAAUACCGCGAAUAAAGUAAACAAUGGAAGAAACAGAAGAAGCUAACCGUGCGUGAGGAAAAUACGACAACGGGAGCAACAUGUUUUAACAAGGAUACAAAAACACAACAGCCGAACGGCGCCAGGACAAAGAGGCUCGGUCAGAGGAGUGAAAUGUGCGUGAGUCACUUCAUUAUUUCUUGUGUUCAACCUAGUAGAUUGAUCAUUCAAAUUCAAAUGAAGGUUUGAACUUCUUUGAGAGUGUUUAAACAAGAGAGAAAUGUUAAUGCCUGUCUGAGGAAAGUGUAUAAAGUGGAGGGUGAGGCGUUUACAGCCUCAAAAGGAACACUGUAUACUGUAUUCUCAUAAGAAUUGAAGAAAGAAACCAGACGAAAAGUGGACUAUUUUCCAGCAAAAUGGCGGACAUCCUAAGCUGAAAUGCACAAAAACUCCAUUUUACAAAUUUCAAAGAAGUUAUUAAUCCAUAUUGAUAGUCAUCAUUUUAAAAUGUCAGUUUUCUACCAAUUACACUGGUUUUGGUACAAACCCUACUAAAUUCUCUUGUACAUCCACAUACAUCCAGGCAGGGGCACAGACUGGUGAGACAGCAUAAAACUGUCCCAAUAAACUUGUGUGCUUUGAAUUGUUGUAUAAAAAUGGAUAUAUUUAUCAAUAAACUUUUUAAGAAAUGAUUGCCACCUUACUGGAUAUUUUUUGUAUGCAUCAAUGAAACCUUCAACAAUGUGGUCACAAAACCUUGUUAUUCACACAAGAAAAGUACAAAAAAAGACACUUAUCUUAAUAUGGCCCACGAAUAAUAUAACCGCCAUUACUGAACAUGCAUCGGCCCCUUUACUAAUCAGCUUACAGCCUCUUUUCUUGCUUUAGAACAUGUUGAGUGCACUAAACCUCAUAUGUACACGUGAUUGUGUCAGUGCACUGUAAAUAAAUGGGAUAAAUCCGGAUAGACAGCAGCUCUGGGGAGGUUGUCAGCGCCAGAAUGAUUACAGAUAUUUGAUUUAGCAGGACAUGCAGGCCUCCGUCUUAUUUAACUUUGUAAAUAAGUGAGCCAAAGUCAAGGAAUGAGAUAAGCUAUUGCAGGGGUGUCCAAACUUUUUCCAACGAGGGCCACAUACUGAAAAGUGAAAAGGAUGCAACUUUGAUAUUUUGUGAAGCAACACAUGUAGAUAUGCUGAGAAGCGAAAUAUAGUUCAAGAAAAAGCUGCAUCUCAGUGUUGUGAUGUAAGUGAAAAAGCCUAUUAUUAGUUUGAACUCCUCUCUUUGCUCUUGUUUUCCUUUUCGUAAUGUUAGGACUUUAUUGCCAUAAGAUUAUGACUUUAUUCCCAUCCUAUUAUCAUUUUUUCCCCAACAUGAUUUUCCACAUAUUACAACAUUAUUUUGUUUUGUUUGUUUUAAAACAACUCUGAAAAAAAUAAAAAAAAUGUAAAUAUUUCACCUCUAUGCUACAAAAAUGAUAUUACUUUGUCUCAUAUUGCAAGUUUAUUCUAGUAAAAUUACAACUUUUUUUUGUUAGAAUUUCUUUUCUUUUUUCUCUUCAUAUUUGGCCUUUAUUCUUGUAAAACUACAGCUGUUUUCCCCCAACUAUUUUACUUCUCUCCUUGUAAAUGUUCUUGUAAUUAUGAGUUUAUUCCCAUACUCCAUCCGUCCAUAUUUUAUACCACCUGUCCUCACUAGGGUCACGGGUGUGCUGGAGCCGAUCCCAGCUGUCUUCGGGUGGGAGGCGGCAUACACUCUGGACUGGUCGCCAGCCAAUCGCAAUUUUUUCCCGUAAUAUUUGGACUUUAUUUUUUUAACAUUCAAACUUUUUCCGCUAACUAAUUUUCCAAAAAUUACAACUUUACUAAUGUUUUUGUUUGUUU